AUGCGUCGUAUCUUUAUCGAGAGUGAUCUUGGACGUUUGGAGAAAAAGAAGUGGUAUGCAAAGUUCUCCAAGUGCGAGUUCUGGUUGAAAGAAGUGGCUUUUCUAGGCCAUGUGAUCAACAAAGAUGGGGUUAUCAUGGAUCCUUUUAAGAUCAAGGUCGUUGUGGAAUGGGAAAGUCUGAAGAAUGUGUCUGAGAUCAGAAGUUUUCUAGGUCUUGCUGGUUGCUAUCUGAGAUUUGUCCAAGAUUUCUCCAAAAUAGCUCAACCGUUGACCAAGUUGAUGAGGAAGAAGAGUAAAUUUGUGUGGGCAGUUAAGUGUGAAGAAGCUUUCCAGGAGUUGAAGAAAUGCCUCACUACUGCUCCAGGAGUAAAUUUGUACCCCACAAUGUGA